ACAUUGCGACAGCAUGCCAUACCUAUUACGUCUUAUCAUAAAAAUGGCGCUUGCUGAUGACAAACAUUAGCAAAAUAGUAGCUUAUUUUUUGAUUUUUUACGCUACUUUGGUCCAUCACGAACUAAAUUUGGACCGUUGAUGCAAGAAUAAAGUUGUUAAGUUGUAUUGGACAAGCUGUCGUUUUAUCUCUAUUGAAGAAGAAAAUAUUAAAUUCUGUUUGGUAGUUUUCAUCCUUAUCAUUAUGCUGCAUGCUGUGGAAGAUCCGAUAGAGUCUAGCAAAUAUGGGAAUUACUAAAACACCCGCGAUCCCCAACGAAAUCAAUAUGAGUGAGCCGCACGACAAAAAUGAUACAGCGAAUCGAAUUCGGGAAAAAAUAAAUGGCCAGGGUAAAGUUCACACAGAGAGAGCUAACUUCGGUUCUCCACUGGAAUCUGACGAUUCUGAGUCUUCGUGCUCGUCAAGCGACGAUCAUGAUAGGACUAUGAGAAGAGAUUGUUCUAGCUCAGAUACAGACUGUGAGGCUAACGGUCAAACAAUUCCGGAAGAUACAAAUAAAGAAGGGGAAGAUAAGGUCAUUGGUAAACCACGACGAGUUGAUUCGAUUUCAACAUCCAGCGUCUCCUCAUUAAAUACAGAUUUUUCAGUGUCAUUUAAUUCUCAGUUGUCUAUGGAUAUGACCGACUUUCGAAAUGUUUCAUUAGAUUCGGAAAGCAGUGUUUCUGAAAUUGGUACUAGUAAAAAAGACACAGACGGACCUAUAACCACAAUAGCCAGAACUUUCUUCCGUAAAAAAUCCGAUGUCACGGAAAAAAAUUCAGAAGAAACUUCGUCUACUCCUGAUAUAGUACAGUCUGAAGAGGAAAAUCGUAUUGGGGAGUUGAAAGUAGCGAAAGAUAGUGCGAACCAAAACAAUAAUGUAAAGAGAAAAAGUGGAGACGUUGAAGUACCAAGUACAACUGCUUUGAUUUUAGAACAGAGACCAAUUAAUCUUCCGUCCAAACCUGAAGAGGAAAGGGAAAAACAUAAAAAGCAAUAUGAAGACAUGAUAGCUGCUGCUAAGAAGAAAGAGCAAAAAGAGUUAAAAUUAAAGAAGAAGCAGUACGCUCAGCAAAUAAAGCACGAAGAAGAACUACAUCAGGCAUUGAAAGUCUGGCACAGCGAAAUCCUACCUCAUUGGCAUUCUAUGAGAGAUACAAAAAAAUCUCGAGAUUUGUGGUGGAAGGGAGUUCCACCGGCUGUAAGAGGAAAAAUUUGGCAAUUAGCAAUUGGUAACGACUUGAAUAUUACUCCUGAGUUAUUUGAAAUAUGUCGAAAUAGAGCCAGAGACCUUUUAAAAGCAUUAAAUCUUCAAACAGAAUUUCGUUGCGAUUGUGGAAAUGAUGAACUCGCUGCCUGCAAAGAACAAUCUUUAGAAUUGAUUAAAUUGGAUGUAUCCAGAACUUUCCCUCAACUAUGCAUAUUUCAAAAGGGAGGCCCCUACGCGGAACAUUUACAUAGCCUUUUAGCCGCCUACGCCUGCUACAGACCGGAUGUAGGAUACGUACAAGGAAUGUCAUUUAUAGCCGCUUUCUUGUUGCUCAACAUGGAGGUUGAAGAUGCUUUUAUAUCUUUUGCGAAUCUGUUGAAUCGUCCGUGCCAGGUUGCCUUUUUUCGAUUAGAUGAGCCUUUGAUGAAAUCCUAUUUCGACGUUUACAGCAUGUUUUUUCGAGAGAAUUUACCUAAAUUAUAUAAGCACUUUGAGUUAUAUAAACUCACACCUGAUUUAUAUUUAAUCGAUUGGAUAUUUACUUUGUAUAGUAAAUCAUUACCGUUAGAUGUUGCUAGUCGCGUUUGGGAUGUGUUUUAUAGAGAUGGUGAAGAGUUUUUGUUUAGGACUGCAUUAGGUAUUAUGAAAUAUAACGAAGAUAUUUUCUAUGGAAUGGACUUUAUACACGCAGCCCAGUUUCUUACACAUCUUCCUGAUGACAUCGACUGUGAACGCAUGUUUAAGUGUAUUGAAUCGAUUCAUAUGCAGAUAGAAAAAAGAAAAUUUCCAAGUUUCUUAGCCGCAAUUCAACGAAAUAUCUCAUCUGCCAAUCAGAAUGUACAGCAAUCAAAUUCGGCUGCCGAUUCAGCCAGUAUAUCUUCGCGCAACUCAAAUUACUCACAACGAGAGGGAACCAGUGGUAAUGGAUCUUGA